AGCAGCUGCUCCGAGCAUUAGCGUACGUACCUGCUCAAUAUUGAUGGCGUUGGCGCGCGCGCGCGUACCUCGCUCAAUGAUACACACGAGCCCUACCGAUAGAGUUUGUACGCUCGCUCGCUCGCACACGCGCGAACAAAACGUGUGGUGGAAACUCACUGACGGAACGGUGAGGCCGGUCCGUGGCCUCGCGUCGGUAGUACGCUCGUAGAUCGCGAUCCACGGGUCGUUCCGCGGGGACGAGCCGCUCAGUCUCAGCUCGUCGGCCGCCGUGAACGGAUCCAUCGAGCACGCUCGGUCGAUCGCACGGUCAGCAGCAUCGUGUUUACUUCCGGUCCCCCCUAUCGUGGUAGCGCAGCGCAACCGGAAAUGUUGACGAAACGAGCCAGGCACGGGGGAUGUCGCACCCGCGUGCCAACGCUCCUCUCCUGAAAACACCAUCGUCUCUCUCGAAGCCAGGGAACUUCCUCGUUCUCCAACAACCGACGAUAAUCCCCUUUCUUCCCCUCUCCUCUCCUCUUCUCUUUUUCUUCUUCUUCUUCUUCUUCUUCCUCCUCCUCCUCCUCUUCUCUCUUGUUUUUUUUUUUUUUUGUUUCUCGUUUUCUUUUCCUUUUCUUCUUGUCUCUCCCUCCCCUUUCUCGUUCGCGCGGCAGCCUUGGCGCUGGUCCUUCCUGUCGUUGUCGGUCGCGUCCUCGAGGACGGUCUCGCGCCUCGAAACGUGAUCGGCCGGUGAGGACAGUGGUGGUUCCAUGCGGUCGCACGUGGAGGAUUAUCGUCGGCUGUUAUCGGGAUAUAGAGGAGUGUACGGGUUGUUGGUGAACAAGACGACGACGACGACGACGACGACGGCACAGCUCGUGAGGCGGCUGUUGGUUUCGUCGUAAAGGCCAACCGGUUCGACCGAUCGGGAAAGCAAAGGCCAGUUCGCGUCUCGAUAUAACGGCGACUGACGUCAGGAGCCCGCUGCAACAGCAACAGCGUCAGCGUCAGCGUCAGCAUCAGCAUCAGCAGGAGGCAUCGUCGCCUACCAUGUCGACCCUCGUCUGUUGCGAGCCGGUCUCGGCCACGCGUUCACGGGACAACCUGAAGCUGGUGCUGAACCGAAGCCUGAGCGAGCCAGGGCCGCCAGCCAGCGCAUCCACGUUCUUACCGUCGUCGCUGGCGUCCACGGUGACGCCCAGCUCGUCGACGAGCAGCGGCGUCGACAGCUGCACGGCCAGCGAUGGCACCGAGUGCAGCUUGAACGCCAGCGGGACCAGCAUCAGCGGCUGUAGCAGCAGCUCGAGCAGCGGCACCGACUGCGAUCCACCGUUGUCCGACGUACACCGUCACUACCACCAUCUUCAUCAUCAUCACCAUUUCCAUCAGCAUCAGCUGUCCACGUCGAAACGUUGCAAGCUGGAGACGGUCAGCCUUCCGGCGAGUCCCUGCUCGGAGAACAACACGCUGCAGAGACAGCUGGUGCUUCAGAGGACGAGAACGAUAACCGCGGACGAGCUGGCGGAUCGUCUGCUCGGUGGACGGGAGCAGCCUAACGGUGGUCCCGUGUUGCUCGAUUGUCGGCCGUUCAUACUGUACAACGUGAACCACGUGCGGGGAGCGAUCAACGUGAACUGCUCGGACCGAUUCAACCGGAGGCGGCUGCAACUGGGGAAAGCGAGCCUGGCCGAUUUGGCGAACACCAGGGAGGGCAAGGAACUGCUGCGCAGAAGGCACUAUCGCGAGGUGGUCGUCUACGACGAUUGCACCGACGACGUGGACCGGCUACCCGUUCAGCAUCCCCUGUUCCUCGUGCUCGUUGCGCUCCUGGAGGACAACAGGGAGCCGGCGCUUCUUUUGGGUGAGUUUUUUUUUUUUUUUUUUUUUCCUUUCCGAUAUCUUUGCUUCUUUCGUCGGCGAUCUUUUGGCCGUUUGUUAACGUUUGGACGAAUGAUUUGAGUAUUGGCGGGAGCGCUGCGCUUUGAAUGCGAUUUGACGAUUGCAAU